GGAGCGGGCGGGGCGCGCAGCCCGGCGGAGCGUACCGGCGGAGCGCAUGGAGCGGCUGCGGGUGGCCCUGGGGGCGCCCCUGUGGGUGCCCCUGCUGGGGCUGUGCUGGGCGGCGGCGGCGGCCGAGCGCCACACCGUCUUCUGGAACAGCUCCAACCCCAAGUUCCUUUGGAGCGACUACACGGUGGAGGUGCGCCUCAACGACUACCUGGACAUUAUCUGCCCGCACUACGAGGAGGGCAGCAUGGCCCCGCACGCCAUGGAGCGCUACACCCUCUACUUGGUGGACCUCGAGGAGUACCAGGCCUGCAAGGCCCGCUCCAAGGAGCAGAUCCGCUGGGAGUGCGACAAGCCCAGCGCCUUGCACGGCCCCGAGAAGUUCUCGGAGAAGUUCCAGCGCUUCACGCCCUUCACGCUGGGCAAGGAGUUCAAGGAGGGGCACAGCUACUACUACAUCUCCAAGCCGAUUCACCACCACGGGGAGACGUGCCUGAAGCUGAAGGUGACGGUGGUUGGCAAAGGCACUCAGGCACCGCCUGCCCCCGCCUCGACACAGAAGGGGAGGAUCCAGGCAGAUGACGCAGCCGCGCAUGUCCUGAGGAGUGUGGGGCAGAACUCGGCGAUGCGGGCCAGCAGCCCCUUCACCUUCAUCAGCCUCCUGCUGCCCCUCCUGGUGCCGCAGGGGCUAUGAGCGGGGCCGCCGGGAUGGACCGUGCCGUGCCACUGGGGAUGGAGCCACCUGCUCGGGGACCCCCGUGGUCCUGCACGCACACCUGUGGCGGGCUCCCCUGUGGACAUCUGGGCAAAGCAAAGGAUUUGUCAGUAUUAUGGGGCCAGUGGGCCUGAAUCGGAGCAGCCAAAGCCCUUUGGGGCUGCAAUCGGAGUGGCCAAAGCCCUUGGGAUGCCACCUUGCCCUGGCAGGAAGGGCGCUUUCGGCAGCUGGAGGUUGAGCCCGGACUGGAUGGGCUGGGGGCUGGCCCCUCUGCCCCAGCAGCACGGAGCUCCCCGGUGGACGUUUCUGGGAGGGCUCUGACUGUGAAGUGUCCCGCAGGAAGGGACACGGUGCUGGCCCAACUGCGGCGGUGCCCUGGGGGUGACUUUGGGAGCCUGGACAUGCUUGAGAUGCCAGGCAGCUGACAGAGCGGAGUCACAGGGGACAGUGACUGCACGGUGCUGGGUCCCCCCCCCUCCUGGGUAGGGGAGGCUGCGGAAGCUCCCCCUGCCUGGUGCCGGAGGGGCACGCGCCCCCUGCCUGGGCCAGCACAGAGGCCGUUUUGCCUGCCUCUCCAUUUGUACAGCUUUCUAACACUGGAAUUUUUAUACGGUUGUCUUGAAUAAAUAACUGAGACCA